AUGAGGGGUCUCACACACUGGACGAGGGGUGUCACAAACUGGACGAGGGGUCUCACACACUGGACGAGGUGUCACACACUGGACGAGGGGUCUCACACACUGGACGAAGGGUCUCACACACUGGACGAGGGGUUUCACACACUGGACGAGGGUUCUCACACACUGGACGAGGGGUCUCACACACUGGACGAGGGGUCUCACACACUGGACGAAGGGUCUCACACACUGGACGAGGGGUCUCACACACUAGACGAGGGUUCUCACACCAUGGACGAGAGGUCUCACACCAUAGACCAGGGGUCUCACAUACUGGCCGACGGGUCUCACACAUUGGACGAGGGGUCUCACACACCGGACGAGGGGUCCCACACACUGGACGAGGGGUCUCACACACCUGACGAGGGGUCUCACACACUGGACGAGGGGUCUCACACACUGGACGAGGGGUCUCACACACCGGACUAG